CUGUCCGCACAGCACAGGUUACAGUGCAGUACUCUGCAAGUUCAGCGGGCCCUGCCUGGACGGAUCCAUGUUUGGAGACGUCUGUUGCACCCGGAGCGGUGGUUGGCGUGCAGUCAGCCUCUUCCGGUUGGUGCAGAGUGUUGAGUCGGACAAAUUCGUGGAUUCAGGCGAGAUUUGAACCGGUUCUUUGUAAAGGAAUCGUCAAGAUGACAAAAGGAGAGGCCGUUGGUGUCCCAGAGGACCAGGCACAGUCGAAGAAAGCAGCAAAGAAACUACAGAAAGAAGCAGAAAAGGCUGCUAAAAAGGCAGAGAAGCAAGCCAAAUUGGCAGCAGAAAAUCAAGCAGAUGAGGAGGACUUCGCUAAGGACAAAUAUGGAAUUCUUCCAAUGAUUCAAUCACAAGAAAAACUGGACCGUGUGUUGGUUCAUGUGAAAAAUCUGACAGAAGAUAAAGCCGACCAGAUGGUCUGGCUCCGUGCCAGAGUCCACACCAGUAGAGCCAAAGGGAAGCAAUGCUUUUUAGUUCUACGUCAGCAGCAGUUUAACAUCCAAGGACUUGUGGCUGUGGGAGACCAUGUGAGCAAACAGAUGGUCAAAUUUGCUGCUAACAUUAGCAAAGAGAGUAUCGUGGACGUGGAAGGUUAUGUUCGGAAGGUGGAGCAGAAAGUAGAGAGCUGUUCCCAGUGUGAUGUUGAGCUCCACAUUGUAAAACUCUUUGUUGUAAGUGCAGCUGAACCACGCCUUCCUUUGCAACUGGAUGAUGCGAUACGACCUGAGACAGGUGAUGAGGAAGGACGGGCCACCGUCAACCAAGAUACGAGACUUGAUAAUCGAAUAAUUGAUCUAAGGACCAUGACCAGUCAAUCCAUCUUUCGUCUACAGUCAGGUGUGUGCCAACUGUUCCGGGAAACAUUAAUCAAAAAGGAGUUUGUAGAAGUCCAGACUCCAAAAAUUAUAUCAGCUGCCAGUGAAGGAGGGGCCAAUGUGUUUACUGUGUCCUAUUUUAAAACCAGUGCUUACUUGGCUCAGUCACCACAGCUCUACAAGCAAAUGUGUAUUUGUGCUGACUUCGACAAAGUGUUUUGUAUUGGACCUGUCUUCCGAGCUGAAGACUCCAAUACCCAUCGCCACCUGACUGAGUUUGUUGGGCUGGAUAUUGAGAUGGCAUUCAACUAUCACUACCAUGAGGUGGUAACUGAAAUUGCUGAUACUCUGGUACAGAUUUUCAAGGGUUUGAGAGACAGGUUUCAAACUGAGAUUCAAACAGUUGGCAAACAAUACCCAUGUGAACCUUUUAAGUUCCUGGAACCAACUUUGAGGCUGGAAUAUUUGGAAGCUGUGGCUAUGCUGAGAGAAGCUGGUGUGGAGAUGGGUGAUGAAGAGGAUUUGAGCACUCCAAAUGAAAAGCUUUUGGGUCGCCUGGUGAAAGAAAAGUAUGAUACAGACUUUUAUAUCCUUGACAAGUAUCCUCUGGCUGUGAGACCUUUCUAUACAAUGCCAGAUCCACACGACCCUAAAUAUUCCAACUCGUAUGACAUGUUUAUGAGAGGGGAGGAGAUUUUGUCUGGUGCCCAGAGAAUCCAUGAUCCUCAGGUCCUAACAGAUCGAGCACUCCAGCUUGGGAUAGAUAUAGAGAAGAUAAAAUCAUAUAUUGAUUCCUUCCGUUUUGGUGCUCCUCCACAUGCUGGUGGUGGUAUAGGUUUGGAACGUGUCACCAUGCUGUACUUGGGCUUGCACAAUGUACGUCAGACUUCUAUGUUUCCCCGUGAUCCCAAGCGACUAACUCCCUGAUUGGGCCCUAAGGAUCUGAAGAUCUGUUGAUAUAGUAUUAUACAUGGUAUAUGUGUUUUCAGAAAUAACAAAUGCUAAAUACUAAUAAAUGCCAAAAUUGUUUUUCA